AUGUCAGGUUACAAAACUGGAUUGUUGGGUCGUUUGAAAGAAGUUGCACCUCAAGUAAAGUGGACCCACUGUUGUAUUCAUAGGGAAGCGUUGGUUGCUGAACACCUAUCGGAACACAUGAAAACAACUUUAGAGAAAGUAGUAAAAAUUAUAAACUUUAUUAAAUCACGACCUCUACAAUCCAGGCUUUUUGAAGUCCUUUGCAACGACAUGAGAAGUGACCACGUACAGCUUAUUUUGUACUUCGAAAUUCGAUGGCUAUCACGUGGAAAAAUUCUUCAGCGCUUUUUUGAGCUAAGAGACGAAGUUCGAGUAUUUCUUCUUGAAACCAGGUUUGUAGGCUUGUUAACUGAUUUUUCUUGGCUGUCUCGGAUAGCUUACUUGGCUGAUGUUUUUGAAUACUUGAAUACACUAAAUUUGAGUUUACAAGGAAUUUAUAUUGAUGUUUUUCACGUUGAGGAUAAAAUCGAAGCAACUAUAAAAAAGUUUGAAAUUUGGGAGGUAAAGAGUGAAAUAUCUGAACACUUGUUGAGCAAGGCCAAAAUAUUAAGAAAAUAUUUUCAUCAACCUCACCCAAAUCCAUUUUCUUGUGACAUUGAAAAAAUAGAAAAUCUCUCUGAACAGGAACAAGAUGAAUUAAUUGAUUUGGUAACUUAUGGAACGAUGAAAAAUAUUUUCAACGAUAAAAAACUUAUCGAUUUUUGGUUAAUUGUUCAAAAUGAUCAAAAGCAACUGGCUGAGAAAGCUUUAAGACAUUUGAUCCCCUUUUGCACUACAUAUAGAUGUGAACAAGCUUUUUCUACCUACUGUUACAUGAAAAACAAAUAUCGUAAUAGACUUAAUAUUGACGCUGAUUUAAGAGUUAAAAUAUCAAGCAUGCAGCCGGACUUAGACGAAAUUAUGAACAAAAUAAAGAUUUCACUUGUCUCAUAG